AUGACAUCACACUCUUGGGUGGCACGAUUCAAGUUAUUAGUAGUGAUUUCAGUGCUCUUGUUCGCUGUGAGUAGCUGCUGUCUGGUGGCUUCGGAACAACAGACUUUAGUUCCAAACCCACAACAACCACAACAACCACAUACAGAUCAUAAACCAACUUCAACAACACCAAAAGAAAUUUGCGAAACUGUUUCCGAAUGUUUACCGUGUUCCGAAGAAGAUUUGAAAUCUCCUCAUCGAUAUUGUGAAGCUACUAAAUAUUAUCAUGUGGUUGAGUGCAGAACAGAGCAUGCCGGAGAUUCAAAAGAAGUUAAAAAGACCACCACACGAGAGAGCUGCAGACCUGAUAUUAUUUAUACACCAUACACGGUGCAAAAUUUAAUUCUUUUUGAAUGUUCCUUGUUGGUUAUUAUUGUGUUGAGUGGUAUUUUGUUUUAUAGGAGGACAAAGAAGUUAUCGGAAGAACAAAACGAGAGAUAUCGAAGAUUGGUUCAAUCAAGCUCAUUAUCUUCAUCAACAGCUAGUAGUCGCUAG